CCCGCGCCACUGCCACCGCCCCACCCAGAUCCCCGCCGUCUGGAUUCGUUCCGCCGCUUCGCCGACACUCGCCCACCGCCGAGGUCGCCAAAAUGUCGGCAGGUGCGCCCAGCAGUUCAAGCGCCGCCUCUGGCAGUAAUCGGAGACUUCAGCAGACUCAGAAUCAAGUGGAUGAGGUGGUGGACAUCAUGAGAGUCAAUGUGGACAAGGUGCUGGAGAGAGACCAGAAGCUCUCUGAGCUAGAUGACCGCGCAGAUGCACUGCAGGCGGGAGCUUCCCAGUUCGAAACCAGUGCUGCCAAGUUGAAGAGAAAAUACUGGUGGAAGAACUGCAAGAUGUGGGCCAUAGGCAUUAGCAUCGUGGUCAUCAUCAUCAUCAUCAUCAUCGUGUUGAGUGUUUCUCCAUGAAGAACCAGUGAAGCUCCAGCCUUCUGUUCCAGAAACCUCUUCAGGAUUUUUGACUUAGAACUUUCUUUAUCAUCAGGCUUACGUACUGUAAUAUCUAAAAUGUUUGUUUUCUGUUAAUGUAACGUUUGAUUUUUAGAAAAUGUGCCUUUAAAAAACAUAAUUCCAAACUAGAAGUACACUCACUCCAGCCCACAUUUUGCACAGUGCCUUUACAAAUUUACAUAUGGGCUGAUGACAAGGACUUCAUAAACUCCAGAGUGUUAUAACUUAGAAGUAACAUUGUCUGAUUAAUUGCCAUUAAUUCUAGUCAGGGGAAUUUUUGCUAAGUGAGCUAUCCUCAUCAUAUGAUCUUAUCUUCAGAACCACAUUUUAAACCUUUGGGUUAUCAGAUUUUCAGUUUGUGCCUUCCAGAGAAAACACUACUGUCUGACUCAAGUCUGUGACUAUGACAGGCUGUGCCUUAUUCCGCUACCUUCCCGCUGCCCUAUGAGCGCCUUCUACUGUUUAUGAGCACUACUGACCUUUGCGCUGUAUUUAAAAUAAGAUGCUGGUAAAGAAUUUUUGCUCUUACAUUAGACACAAAGAUGUUUACUUUCUUGUUAUUGUUUUGUAUCAUUUGCUAAAAAUAUUUUAAUCAGAAAUAACCUCUUUAAAACAUUUUUAUAGGACUAUGGCUACGACCAAAGUUUCUAUUUUGCCAAAAAGUUAAAUCCCAGUAAAAUGCCCUUAAGUCUGUUCCUGACCUGACAGAUAAAUCUGAAAAGUGACAGAUGGAAUUCAAGGUGCCCUUGAGAAGUUGUAUUAUUAUUUGUGGAGCUUCUAUAUCCUGACAGGCCUUUCUUGCCUGUGAAAUACUAUAUGUGGUACAGCUCCCCUUCCUAGACAGCAUUUCCCUGGGUUUAGAGAAGGCUCAAACUAGACUCUCUCCAUCUCAUGCCUGGAGACAGAUUGCAGAACAAACACCAGCUAUGGACUCCAGCAUGUUUCUAAGAAUUAUGUGAGCAACAAUUUUGUAGCCUUCAAGUAAGACAGUUGUGAACUAGUCAUUACUUGGCCCAGUCCUCAUAGACUAUAGCUUUUUGGAGUUUGUUUCUAUUUUUAUUCAUAUUCCACUUUCUAAAUGUCUCCUAUAUUAUGCUUUCAAUUAGUAUUUGUCAGGGUUGGCUGACUUUUCACAGAAAUAGCUGACCGGAGACCUUCUUCGAUGCACUGGGCUGUUGCACAAGAUGCUGCUUUGCAAAUAGCUGUUUUCAUCUAAGAGACUUUUGUGGAGACUUUCGACAUCAGGCUAUAUGGCCUAAGGAUAGGAAUUAGAUAUGAAUGACACAGGCAAGGAGGCACUGAGGGAGAAAGAGGCUUACCACUCUGUGGCCCAUUGUACUGGAAUAUUCUAAAAUUGUUUCUUGCAUGCUAGUAUGUGACUUACAAAGCAACAGUGGUUGAGGCACACCAGGAUAUGGGUUCCAGUUCUUUGGUAUCUGUUCCCGUCAGCACUGAAAUGAAAUGGUGAACACACACCCCACUGGGAGAGGAAAGCAGCUGUCAGUGUCAGGGCAGUAGCGCCAUCUCGGCUUGGGGUCUGUGGUGGGGUCUGAAGCUGAAACUCUGGUGCUCUCUCCUUGGCCUUGAUGCUCAGUCCCAUGUAACUCACCAGCUCCCGCAUUAACCCAGGAGUACCUUGCUUGUAUCUGCAUUUAGCUGGUUACUUGCCCACUGUAAUGAGCUGAAUAAAGUGUUUAUAAACAUUA